AAUAAACCUGGAGCUCCUGGAACCUGGAGGUAAUUCCAUAGCAAGAAUCCAAGGAACCUCAGAGCAACUCGAAGGUGCCUGGAGGUCCUGGGGAACCACAGAAGAACCAUUAGGACCCUAAAUGACCUGAUGGUUCCUCUUAGUUAAAUGAAAAUAAAAACAUCCAAGGGAACCUUAAGUCCACAGCAUCUGCAGGGAACUGAAGACUCAAAGGAAUCCCAGAGAGACUCUAAAGACUACCUGCUCUUUGCCAAGCUCUGAAAUAUGCUCUAAAUCCUAGAGGAAUUUUAGAGGGACUCUCUAGAAUUUCUACAGUCAAGUCCAGAUGCUCCUGUUUACACAACUUCUAACUAUGACCUGAGAAUCUCUACAGACAUCUAGAACUUCCAGACAUCAAAGGGCUGCUGAGAUGUUGAUGGAACCAAUGUGGAAACUCUGAAGUGUGUCAAGGAGCCCCAGUAGGACUCUAGAGACUACAAGACUCUUUGGAAAGCACCCUGGACUCCUAUAGACCCUAGAGGGACCCUGAGAACUCCAUGAAGUACGGAGAUUGCUGGGAAUCUGUAGAACGUUUUAAGUUCUCUGCAGAAUCGCUGAAGGAAUCUUGGGUUCCUAAAGACCCUUAGACAAUCUGGGGACAAAGGAAGAAAUUGAGAAUCCCAGGAUCCCAAGUUUAGUAAUUUGAGGAACCCUAUAGGGACCCUCAAGAUCCAAAGGGAAUCUGCCCCCCCCCCCCCACACACACACACACACGCACACACAGGACUAAUGGGCACCCUGCGGGACCUGCAGUACGCCCUUCAGGAGAAGAUCGAGGAGCUGCGGCAGCGAGAUGCCCUCAUCGAUGAGCUGGAGCUGGAGCUGGAUCAGAAGGACGAGUUGAUCCAGCGGCUGCAGAACGAGCUGGACAAGUACCGGUCUGUGAUCCGGCCUGCCACUGCCCAGCAGGUCCAGGCCCAGCAGCAGAGCCUCGUCCUGCAGCCGGACCAGCACCGCAGCAAGAGGCAGGCCAUCUCCGCAGAGCCCACAGCCUGCGAUAUCAGUGCCCUCAGCCACGUCACCUUGCCCUUCUACCCCAAGAGCCCUGAGUCCAAGGAGCUGAUAAAAGACGCCAUCUUGGACAAUGACUUCAUGAAGAACCUGGAGCUGUCCCAGACCCAGGAGAUCGUGGACUGCAUGUACCCGGUGGAUUAUGGGAAAGACGCCUGCAUCAUCAGAGAGGGCGACGUGGGCUCGCUGGUCUUCGUGAUGGAAGAGGGAAAGGUGGAGGUGACCAAAGAGGGGAUGAAGCUGUGCAUCAUGGGACCAGGAAAAGUGUUCGGAGAACUGGCCAUCCUAUACAACUGCACCCGGACGGCUACUGUCAGGACUCUGACCAAUGUGAAGCUCUGGGCCAUCGACCGUCAGUGUUUCCAGACCAUCAUGAUGAGAACUGGACUCAUCAAACACGCUGAGUACAUGGACUUCCUCAAGAGUGUCCCGACCUUCCAGACACUCCCAGAGGAAACUCUCAGUAAACUGGCGGACGUGAUGGAGGAGACGCACUAUGACGACGGUGAGUUCAUCGUCCGACAGGGAGCCAGAGGAGACACCUUCUUCAUCAUCAGCAAGGGAACGGUGAACGUGACCCAGGAGACCUCGGCCAAUCAGGAGCCGGUGCACCUCAGGGAGCUCGUCAGCGGAAACUGGUUUGGAGAAAGAGCGCUGCAGGGGGAGGACGUGAGAACAGCCAAUGUCAUCGCUGUCGACACCGUCACCUGCCUGGUCAUCGACCGAGACUCGUUCAAGCACCUGAUUGGUGGAUUAGACAACGUCUCCAGUAAAGGUUACGAAGACGCUGAAGCCAAAGCAAAAUACGAGGCGGAGAACCACUUCUUCUCCGGUCUGAAGCUCAGCGACUUCAACAUCAUCGACACGCUGGGAGUCGGCGGCUUCGGACGCGUUGAGCUGGUGCAGCUGAAGAACGAGGAGGCGAAGACGUUCGCCAUGAAGAUCCUGAAGAAACGUCACAUCAUGGACACGAGACAACAGGAACACAUCCGCUCGGAGAAACACAUCAUGACAGAGGCGCACUCCGACUUCAUCGUGAGGUUGUAUCGGACGUUCAAAGACAGGAAGUAUCUGUACAUGUUGAUGGAGGCGUGUCUGGGAGGAGAAGUGUGGACCAUCCUGAGAGACAGAGGAUCGUUCGAGGACUCGACCACCAGGUUCUACACGGCCUGUGUGGUCGAGGCCUUCGCCUACCUGCACGCCAAGGGCGUCAUAUACCGAGACCUGAAGCCGGAGAACCUCAUACUGGACAGUCGAGGCUACGCCAAGCUGGUGGACUUUGGUUUUGCCAAGAAGAUCGGCGUGUGUAAGAAGACGUGGACGUUCUGCGGGACGCCGGAGUACGUGGCUCCAGAGAUCAUCCUCAACAAGGGUCACGACGUGUCGGCCGACUACUGGUCUCUAGGCGUCCUGAUGUUUGAGCUGCUGACCGGCAGUCCGCCCUUCUCAGGUCCCGAUCCCAUGAAGACGUACAACGUCAUCCUGAGAGGAAUCGACAUGAUUGAGUUCCCCAAGAAGAUCAGCAAGAACGCAGCAAGCCUCAUUAAGAAGCUGUGCAGAGAUAGUCCGUCUGAGAGACUCGGGAACCUGAAGAAUGGAGUCAAAGACAUUCAGAAGCACAAGUGGUUUGAAGGUUUUAACUGGGAGGGGCUGAGGAAAGGAACUCUGACUCCGCCCAUCACACCUGACGUUUCUUCUCCGACCGACACCAGUAACUUCGACAGUUUCCCUGAAGACUCCGACGAGCCGCCGCCAGAUGACAACUCCGGGUGGGAUUAUGACUUUUGAAGCUCCGCCCACCUCUGAGGACAUUUCCACUGGAGCAUCUUCCUGUCACUCCUCGACCUUUGGUUUCCUCUUCCUGUCCAGAAGCCUCUUGUGGAUCAAACUGGGCCAGACUCUGUAACAUUAAGGUCACGUGAAUUUCACAUGAAGGUCACAGACUCAUGUGACACAGGGUCACAGGGACAAUUUCAUCAAGAUUCUCUGAACAGGAACAGGGCGGUUCAGAGACUCUUGGUCCAAUCAGGUUCUGAGUCUUCCCCCCUGCUCCGGACUAAAGAAAUUAACGAUCCAGAACCAGACCUCGACAGAACAUUGUCCCAGAACCACACAGAGUCUUGAUGAUGAAGACACUGACCUUUGACAUCAGUGAGAUCAUGAACAGAGAAGCUUUAAAAUAAGUUUUUCGUUUCCUGUUUCCAGAAGCUCCUCUCUGAUUCGUCCACGACAUCACAGACAGCCAAGUGAACUCUGACCCCUCCGAGGGAGAUUGUUCCUGUCCAGGAUUGACCUCUGACACCGUGAUGCCUUCACUUCUCAUCUGUGUUGGAAAAUUAAAUUCCAAAGACUGAUGGUGAUACUUUAAACCUUCACUUCCUGAGAACAGAUGUUUUAUAUUUUCAUCAUCACAGACACAAACUCUUCAUGUGGACGUUGAGAAAUAAUGAUUUGACGUAGACGUGACUUUAUCUUUUAUAGUUUAACCAUAAAAGACGAUUCUUCUGUUCACGUCAGUGUCCUGUGGCCUGGUGUGAUUGUUUUCACAGACGACUUUAUCUGUAAAAACAAUCAGCGACGUGAUUUCUGUGAUUCCGGUGAUUUCUGUGAUUUCUGCAUGAAAAUCUCACCAUGUUGAGUUCUCACCACCGGAGGGCGGAGGAGAGUCAGACACCGUUGGGCAGCGCAUGACUCGAAAAUGUCAAUUAUAGAAGAAAAAUGAAAUCUCUUUUUUUUUCUGAGAUGUUUGCAUGUUUGUCAGUCAGCUGGUCACAGCUGACGCCUGGCUCCUCCCCCCGCCUCUGAAGCCUGAGACUGAAUGAAGACAAAUAAAAACAUAGAGAACAUAAACACGUAAUAUUGAAAAAAGAUAAAAGAUUAAGUUUAAACAGGCAGAAAAAGUGAAAACCAUAAUAAUAAAUGACUAGUUUGGACAAAAGGAGGAAUUUUAAUGUUCAUAUGGACGAUCAGUGAUAUUCUGUGGUUUUGAGUUUGUGUAAUGAAACUUUGAGUGUCACUGAUACUGAUACACUGAUGGUAUAUACUGAUAUAUUUGUAUAUAUUGGGAGUAAAGUGUUAGAUGUUUCUCAGCUGUUUGUAGAUGAUGAUUAUUAGGAUUAUUAAUAUGGUGCCUGCCAUUGUAGCUGCGGAACAUAAGCAACUCAGUUCUAAAAAGCUUUAUGGACGUGACUGUUAAAGACAAAACAAAACAAAAAAAUGCUUUGCAAAAUCUGUUUGAUAUGUUUUGGAAAAUAUAAAAAACUAAACAAAA